CUUAUUUUCUUCUCCGUUUCUUUCCUGUCUCCCCCGUUCCCCCUUCCAACCUGCGAUUUUCAGGAGGGUUCUCCGACCGACGACGGCGUGAUCUGCGACGACCGCGUGAUCUCCGGCGGUGGAAGCUUUUCGAUUGUCCUCUUGCAGGUUGAAUGGUCUAUUUUCCUAUGAAGAGAGGUUAUGCCCUCUAGUAUCUCUACCUAGGAAAGCAAGCUUAACAACCUACAAAGCCAAGACAUAUUCUUAGAGUUGAUUCUUAUUAUUCUGUUCCCAGUUUUUUACCCUUUUUAUUGAUUGCAAUUGUGGAAAAUGAGGUCUUCCACACCUACUAGUGGCCUUCCUUCAGGUGAUGGCAGUGGAGGAGGUGGGAUUGGUGGGGGAGGCAAUGGUGGCAUAGGGGGUGUUGGUGUUCGAGUUUGGCCACCAACUACAUCAGUAUCAUCCUCAGGGAAGAGGAUCCAAAAGGAGAUGCAGGAGUUGAAUGUUGACCCUCUUCUCGCAGAUUGCUCCGCUGGCCCCAAGGGAGAUAACCUGUACCACUGGGUCUCCACUAUCAUUGGCCCCCAAGGAUCGCCAUAUGAAGGUGGCAUUUUUUUCCUUGACAUCAUAUUUCCACCUGAGUAUCCGUUCAAAGCUCCAAAGGUGACAUUUAAAACCCGGAUUUAUCACUGCAAUGUUGAUACUGCCGGCAAUCUAAAUCUAGACAUCCUGAAGGAUGGAUGGAGUCCAGCUUUAACAAUUUCCAAGGUUUUAAUUGCCAUCAAAUCCAUCAUCACUAAUCCUGACCCCUAUACUUCUCGCAACUCAAGUAUUGCUCAAUUAUAUUUGACAGAUCGAGCUAAGCACCACAAGAUAGCAGCCGACUGGACUAAGCGAUUUGCUCAGUAAGAAAAGUUCAGCUUUCUGUUGCAGCCGCUUAAACCGAUGUUCCAUUUGCUUGAAGAAAUAGUAGUUUGUCAUCGUACUUAAGAUUUUGAACAAUGUUCUUUGUGCCUUCAAUAUUGUUGGUUUAUCCUUCAACCUUUCAGGAUUUGUUUCUGCUUACUUCUUAGUUAAAUCUCGUGGAGUUAUGGUUUA